AUGGAUAAUAAAAAGGGUCGUGGUACGAAUAUCGCAUUUAUGACGGCCGGAACUUUGCUGGAGAACUUAAUCCUGUCCAAGCAGAAAACUCGAUUCACUCACAUAAUUUUGGACGACGUUCACGGGAGGGAUAUUAUCACCGACGAACUCUUACUUCAAAUUAAGAUUCUACAACUUGAAGAUCCAGAUUGGAAUAUUAAAAUCAUUCUAUUAUCUGCAACAAUGAAUACUGCCAAAUUUGCUGAUUACUUCAAUCAUAAACUCGUUGCAACGUUGGAAAUUCCUGCUUCAGAAAAACUGUACCCGAUUCAAACCUACUUUAUUGACGAUCUGCGAGAGAAGACGCCUGAAGGAAUUCACGUGUUCAAGCUCUACAAUUUUGAUCCUAUAAAGGACAACGUCGUUAAUCGAAACUACGAUCAAAUAAGUCCUCUCAUCUCUCAGUUUUUCAAACUUGAUACCUUUGAUGGAAAACAAGGAGCGGUUCUUAUAUUCCUGCCGGGAGUAGGAGAAAUUUCCUCGCUUGGAGAGAAGCUGAGUGCUUACUCUUCGAAAACAGAAAAGCGUUGGAUUAUACAUGAGAUGCACUCUAACAAAUCGGAUGAAGAUCAGUCUGCAAUAUUCGAACCUGUAGAGUAUCCACAUCAGCGAAAAAUUAUCCUCGCCACUAAUAUCGCAGAGAGUUCGAUUACAGUGGAAGACAUAAGAUAUGUAAUCGACUUUGGCUUAACAAAACACAUGAAAUUUGAUCCCAAUACCACUUUCUCUGGACUUUGUAUUGACUUGGCGUCUCACCAUCAGUGCAUCCUACGGGCCGGACGAUGUGGUAGAAUGGGACCAGGAUAUUGCUUCCGUUUGUUCACCAAAGUGUUUUAUGAAACUAAAAUGAAAGAAGAAUCUGUUGCGGAGAUGCAGACUUGUGGUCUUGGACUAGCAUUUCUUCAUCUCAAAAGACUUAACCUUGGUGACCCGGUGUAUUUAUUCAGUAAAGCACUUCAUCCCCCAAAUUUUACAAACAUUGCCGCGACUGUAUUAUCGCUAAAGGAAUGUGGAGCCCUCACAAUGCUUAAAAGGGAUCGAUCUUAUGUCGAGACAGACGGAGAAAUUACAACGAUUGGUCAACUUGCAAUCUGUUUAUCAUGUGAUCCUAAACAAGCGAGAUUAAUUGCGUUUGGUCAUAUCUUUGGCCUUUUAGACGAGUCUAUUGUUUUUGCAAUGUCCCUUUGUUUGAAAUCCCUCUUUGCAACAUUCUCAAAAGAGAAUCAAACAAGUGGAGUAGAGGCUUUCAUCCGGAAAAUUGAACUUGGUGGCUCCGCAUUAUCUGACGCCCUUUCAAAUCUCGGCGCAUAUCAACUAUAUUUGGACAGCAUACGCGAUAAAUCGUCGCUGAAACCAUGCUUCACCGUCAUGAGGGAAAACUUUGUUAAGUCCUCAAGUGUCCGGAACCUGGAAUAUUUAAUUGAUCGAGUCCACAGGAGACUAUAUUCUGGUUUUGGCCUAGGGACGGAAAGAAAAUUGAAAACCGUAUCAGAAUUAUUGGAAGACAACCACACCCGUUUUCAGGUUCAGCUACUAUUGGCUUCUGCAUCGUACCCAAAUAUUUUUUACCGAGCUCCAGCAACAAAUCAGGAACGUAGGAUCAAACUUGUCCAGAACGAAAUUGGAUACUUUAAUCCCAGCACGUCUUUCCUUCUGGAAACCGAGCCGACGAAUGAUCCCCCGACACAUUCAAAUUUAAAGGAAUUAACUCGACAAUUAACUUUUGCCUCUGAUCAACCCAUUGUAAGCUGGCAAGGUGGAGGAAAAUUGGCCGUCCAGUAUGAUCCAGAUCCAAAUGAACCUGACGAAUGGGUCGGAAAUGUGGCAAAGAAUGUUUAUCGUGGCCUAAAAUUCAAGGCAAUGUGUCACAAAUUUUUUUGGACACACCACAACAUGGGUGGCUCAAACGACAAAGUUUUUUUGAAUGGGCCACGUUCAUCGACUGCCAUCAAUUUCAAGUCCUUCUUUUCUGGAUGCAACCCUUAUAUUGAGGUUGACCGAGAUUCAGUCAACCAAUUCUCAAUUGACCAAAACUAUCCACAUCCGAGCGCGUAUACACUGGUAUCCCUGCAGGUGGCACAACGAGAAUCAAAGUUGGUGGCUAAAGACUCCACGCUGAUGCCCUCGAUGAAUGGAAUGUUUGAAUUGCUGCAUCUUAUUUAUGCCCCUCGUAUCCAACUUGUACCACAUCCUGACGUAAAUCCAGGACGCAAUGAUACAUAUGCAGGUUGUAUCACCGGCCUCGGGCCUAUUCCAGGCAGUUCAACUUCAAUAUUUCCGAGCCAUGAUUUUCGAAUGCCGUUCACUAUUCCAAUCCAUCGUAGAGAUAUUAUGGAAAUUAAUGACACUCGAGGACGGAUAAACAAACUUCUAAGAUAUGAAAAUUUCAGAUGUGACGACAAGUUUGAGAUCUACAGACGAGAAAAAUUCGUCCAGUGUCUUAUGGUCCUGAUCAACAGAGAGCGACCCAUGAUCAACACUAUCAACUAUCCUUUCCCAGAAUGGAUGCAGGAUAAUUUUGAAAAUCGUCGAAGUGUGUUUGACAUUCUGCCGUCACAUCAAUUUUAG